AUGACGACAGAAGACACGCUGUCCUGGACACGAGUUCGCGCACUCGCCUACUACGGUCCGACACACGACGUAGUGCACAGCGGACCUAUCAGCGAAGCCUCGAUACACGGUGUAGCGGAUGACCGCAAACGUGAGAUUGAGAAACCAAACACAUGGCACUGGAAGGUCGUAGACACAGAUCUCGAGCCCAGCUCCGACGACCCAUCAGAUAACGGCGGGCGCACAAUCGCUGUGUCAGUGUGGAGUAUGCAUAACAUGCAAACAGGAGGGGGAGAAGAGGAGAGUAUGCCUGGUUUCCUGCCUCCGGAACUGCGUCUCGAUGUUCUGGGGUCAUUGUUGGGUCCUCUACGGGCUGCUCAAGCCUCCAUCAUGGGCACAUCGACGCCUUACUUUAUGCUGAAUCAGCUGGCGACACAUCCAGAUCAUCAAGGUCGUGGGGCAGGGAAGUUGAUGCUAGAUUGGGGGAUGCGGAAGGCUGACAAAGAGGGACUGGUGACAUAUUUGGAUUCGACGAUGACGGGAAGGCCUAUAUAUGAGAGGAGGGGAUUCGAAGUGGUCAAGGCGCUUGAGUGGGAUCGUGUGCCUUGGGGCGGUGAAGGAAAGGACUGGCAUGGAUGUAUGGUUCGGCGGGCGAAGAGUGUAGAGCAGUAG